CUUCAACUCGCCCCAUCUCGUCCCAUCUCACUCUCGCCCAUCCCGCCACCGUUUACCUCUCACCGCUCCGCUGAGUCUCACGAUGCCUUCUUCCGUUGCGAGCGACGACUCUCAGAACGAUGAUGGCUUCAUUGUUGACAUCGAUGCGAUCCAGGCCCACGGGAUCGGGGCGGUGGACAUCUCGAAGCUGAAGACGAGUGGCUAUUACACGAUCGCGUCCGUUCAUGCUGCGACGCGUCGGAAUCUGCUCAAGAUCAAGGGGUUCUCUGAGAUCAAGGUUGAUAAGGUCAAGGAUGCCAUUGCGAAGUGCCAGCCGUCUGGAGGCGGAUUCGUCACCGCCCAGGAGCUUGGUCAGCAGCGCAAACGAGUGCUCAAGAUCUCUACUGGCAGCAAGCAGUUCGAUGCGAUCAUUGGAGGAGGCUUUCAGACGAUGAGUAUCAGCGAGGUCUUCGGAGAGUUUCGCUGCGGAAAGACCCAGAUCGCGCACACUAUGUCGGUCAUAGCUCAACUUCCCAAGGUAUACAUAUUCCGUCGAAUGACCUCGACUCCUCUGACAAAAUAGGACAUGGGCGGUGCGGAAGGCAAGGUGGCAUACAUCGACACCGAGGGCACAUUCCGACCUGAACGGUAACCACUCCUCCAAAUCAAUGCUCGUUGGCUUCCUCCUGACUCCUUCCAGCAUCACCCAGAUUGCCGAACGCUUCGGCGUUGAUCCCGAGAACGCCCUCGAGAACAUCAGUUAUGCUAGAGCAGUCAACAGCGAGCAUCAGAUGGAGCUGCUUAACCGGGUCGCCGAGUACUUCGUCAACAACGAGUAUCGCCUUCUAGUCAUCGAUAGCAUCAUCUCCCUUUUCCGAGUGGACUACGUCGGUCGUGGAGAACUCAAUGAGCGUCA